UUCCAAGCAAUGAGCUGGUUCCAAGUAGGUAACGUCGUUGGUUAGUUCAAAGAGGAAGGGGAACCUUCAAGAACUGCUGUGUAGUCUGCAGUGUAAUUACAACUUUGUGCUAUGUAGGUUAUGUGAUGAUGCGUAGAGGUUGGUUGGUGGCUCGUAAAAUAACAUUGCCAAAAAUUUCUCUACGUUCUCUCUGCAAGAUGCCUGCUGCUUAUUUCAGGCACGAGGAAGGAGCUGACCAAUUCCAUGUUACAUUUCAUUUCCAAAAUGCAGACUUAGGAGUGAAUCGUCAGUUCAAUUUUAGUCGGCAAGUGUCAGAGAGUGUUAAGGAUUUGACAAACAGAGUUUCUGCAAAUGUAGAGAAAGCUCUACAGAAAAAAGCGAAGAAAAAGAAAAAGGAAACAGAAGAUACGUCUUCAAAUGUACGUGUUGAAAUUCUCAAAAAUAGUGCUCUUGUACCGCCAGACACUAGAUGUGCGGAUCUUCUUAAAUGUUCGAAAAAUCUUACUUUACAUGUUGCUGGUGUCGAUUAUGUUGUUAUUAUGAAUGCACCGUCUGUUGAUAUAGUGAAAUUACCUGCCAGUAUUAUGGCAGGUUUUCCUGUUUAUCCUGCGAAGUUUAAAAUGCUGUUUGCUAGAGAGGAAAGUAGCAAGUUUACAUGGUACAGAUGUGCGACAUCAACGUGCUCUGAGUGUGUACAGGUCGGGAGUGGUUAUUAUUACACGCCAACAGUUAAAGACAUUGGGAGCUUUUUGAAGUUCUCUUGUGUUCCGAGCAACGGUGAUGUGGAAGGUCCUGUAGCAGAAGAAAUGUCGAAGAAUGUCGUUGAAGCUGGACCAGGUCGAUGUCCCUUUGAGAACCGCCAUGUUUUCACGUCUACACGACUGGAAACAGACAGUUUUAGAGUCGUGUCCUACAACAUUCUUGCUGACUUGUAUGCUGAUUCUGACACGGCUCGGCUGCAGCUGUUUCCGUACUGUCCGACAUAUGCAUUGAAUGUGGACUACAGAAAACAACUGUUUGUGAAAGAGAUUCUAGGUUAUAAUGCAGAUUUAAUCUGCCUUCAGGAGGUUGAUUCGAAGGUCUUCAAUUAUGACCUUCUCCCAGUUCUUUCUUCUGAAGGAUAUGAUGGGGUGUUUGAGAAAAAAGGAAAAACUGUGUCUGAAGGUCUUGCAUGCUUCUUUCAUUCUUCCAAAUACAAGUUAUUAGAUACUCAUAAUUUGAUUCUUUCUGAAGAACUGCCUGAAAAUCCUUUAUUUUCGGAUUUGUGGCAAAAAAUUAGAACAAAUGAACCUCUGAUUACUAGGCUACAGGCAAGAACAACUUCAUUGCAGGUGACUGUGCUGGAUUGUGUUAAUUCACAAAGAUGUUUAGUUGUUGGCAACACCCAUCUAUAUUUCCAUCCAGAUGCUGAUCACAUACGACUUCUGCAGGCUGGAAUGAUAAUUCUAUAUCUUCAAGAUAUUUUACUAAGUGUAGGAAGAUCGCUUCCAGACAAAGAGGCGACACUUCUCUUGUGUGGCGACUUCAACAGCACACCAGAAUGUGGAGUCUAUCAACUUAUGACGCAGCAGGUGGUUACGGAAGAUGCUCUCGACUGGUCAAGCAAUGAAGCAGAGACUGUGAAAGGUGUUUGUUUAUCGCACAAAUUCAAUAUUGCAAGUGCAUGUGGGACACCAGAUUUCACAAACUACACUGAAGGAUUCGCUGGAUGUUUAGAUUAUAUAUUCUUCCAGACAGAUAACUUACAGGUGACACAGGUUGUUCCUUUACCUACUGAAGAGGAACUAAAACAGCACACUGCUUUACCAAACGUUGUCUUUCCUUCAGAUCACUUGGCACUAGUAGCUGAUUUGAAAUGGAAAGAGAGUUGAUUAAUGAGAAAAUAAAGCACACAAUGAAUUAUUAUAA